AUGAAUAGCUUAUUAUUACCUAAUGAAGUAAUUAAUACAAUAAAAAAGUUGUUAAAAUCUGAUGUUCUUUAUGUAACGCUCUGCCAUUGGCUUGUCCUUCAAUCAUCUAAUAAGUAAAAAGAUGAUUAACUGCCAAAGGUUUAUAAAAGCUAUAUCAUUCUUUGCGAAGAAUCAUUACAUUUAGUAGAUGAACGUUUUGAUAAAGUAUUUGCUUCAAUUAAAUACCUCAACAUCAGUAAAGUAUUAAUAGAUAUGAACCACGAACAAUGUUUUUAGAUUCUAUUCAAUUAUGCUUAAGAUACACAUGCAAAAUCUACUUUAGAAUAGCAGGUUUUUAAGAAUUCUGUUCUUGAUGCUUCAAUUUUUUAAUCACCUCCUAUUAUUUUCACAUAGGCUCGUUUAAAUUUUUUAAAUCACCUUUCUAUGAGUUGGAAAACAGAUUAUAUGAUUAAAAAUUUUCAAGUAAAAAGCUUAGAGAUAUUUAGAUAUGAUAUUAUGAAACUAAAAUAUGUAAAAGCAGGAAAGAGUAAAGCUUACUAGCUCUAAAAUGAAGGGAUAUAAUCUUUAUAUUAAAAAAGCAGUGGAAUGUAACUUGUAAGUUAAAAUGCAAUUCUUAAUAAAUUAAAUGAGUUUUUACCACCUUCAAGUGAUGUUGCAGCAGUAGGAGGAAACGACUUAUGGACUUUAAAAUUUCAUAAUUCAUAUUUGAUUGAAAAUAUGAUAUUUUAAAUAGAUAAAUCAUUUAGAAGAACAGGUAUGAAUGACUUUCACCAUAAAAUAUCUAAAAAUCUACGUAUUCAUAUUGAAGUUAACAAACCAAUACCUCUAAUAUAUUUGAAGGAGAUAAGAUAGAGAUAAAAUCUUUAAGCAUAUGCUGAAUUAAUAUUUUAAAAAACAAUUAUAAAAGAUUUAGAAGAACAUGGUGAAAUUAACGAAUAUACAAUAUUAUAGAGUCGAUCAUAUUGUAAAAGACAUAAUAUAUCUGUCAAAUAAAAUUUUAGUAAGAGCGAUGGGUGGAUUAUUCAAGUUCGAACUGUUUAUAGGGAUAUUUUUUUAAUAAUUAUAAGAGAAAGUUACCUACCACCUGCAUGUGCAUUUUUUCAAGAGUAUUUUAUGAUUAUCUAUGGUGAUCACGAAGGAGAAUAUGACGAUAUUUAAUUAUCUUAAGGUAUAAUUAAGCCUUAUUAACUGCUCUAAUUAAUUACAACUGUAAUCGAUAAUUCGAGAUUUACUCAUCAUAUGGAACAGAGUUAUUAAGAGGCUAUAAUUUAAUAAUCUUUAGAUUCACUUUUAUUUUAGUCUUUCGAUGAUUAUCAUCACCUUAGUACUCAUUGCAAGUUUAUAUCUCAAUUCACAGUGUUUGGUAUACCAUUUAUCAUAUCAAUUCUUUAGAAUAUGAAAUAUAGAUCAUCGAAAGAUGAACAAAUAUUUGAAGAAAUGCAAAGACAAUACUAUCAACCAACUCUCAAGGAAUUACUUUCUAAAUAUAAAGAACUUAUAGAGCAGCUAGAUGGUAAGUUGACUCCUUUUGAAAUGGUCGAGAAGUUCUUGCAAAGGUCCAUGUUUGUAAAUAAUUUAGAAACAAGGCUAAACUGGUUAAAAAAACUCUAAUUUUUCAUGGCAUACUGUAUUGACUAAGCUAUUACUCCCAGGAUGAAAUUUCUUAAUUUAUUAGAAAGCCUUUAUGAUGACGAAGACUAUUUUUCAAGACUUAUUUCUUUUAUGUUAUGCCUGAGAGAAAAGUAAAUAGAAUAACAAGGAGAAAUGGAUGAAAGAAAUGGUAACUUAAUUUCAGGGAAUUCUUAACCUUCUAUGAACUAUGCAGGGUAGAAAAAGAAUGAAUUAUUUUUGAUAAAACACUAAACUAAUUUUUAAUUCGAUUUAUAAAAUUUCUCAGAGUAACCCCAAAGUUAUGAAUUCAAUAUUGAGAUUAUGCAUAUUAUCAUUUCUAGUUAAUCUCUUCUAGAUAUCUUUUUUUUGUCUAAUUAGCCUCAAGUUAUUACCAAAAUUUACAAAUAUUUCUUGAGAACUGAUUGUGAGUACUACAAUUUGCAAAUAGCCUCUGUUUAAAGUAUUUAUCAAUAUUGUAUUGAUAAGAGGCCUACAGAGAUGAGAUUGCAAUUAUUUAAAGGAUUUAUCUAUGACUUGCUAAAGAUCUGUGAAAAAGCUGACUAGAGAUUGGUAAAAUUGUGUUUUGUUACUAUUUACUAAAUAAUAUUAUGUGAUGAAAAUUUGGCUUUACUUCCCCAAUUUGAAUUACUUAAGUAAGACGGUCCUCAUAUUCUGGUAAAUUCAUUAUCGAUAAUAGAUCAAGAAUAAAUAUAGAUAAUUCUAAAGCUUGUAAAGCUACUCAUCAACAGUUUAGAUAUAUUUAUUAAACUUGGUAUCACUAAGAAAUUAGUGCAGUUGAUUUAUAUUUUAGAAGAAAUUGAAGGUAUAAGUGUGUAAGAGAAUACUUUAAUUUAGAUAGAGAGCUUGCUACUCUAAAUUGUAAGAAAAAAUGAAAUUUCUCAAUUAAAGAAUAGCCAAAAGAAAACAAUAUUCAAUUUGAUGAAAAGCACAAAUUCCAAUUCUCCUGAGCAUAUGCUUAAGGUAAUGGAGCUUGUUUAAGAAAUUACAAAGAAAGAUGUUACAUCCAAAAAAUAACUUGGCGUGUUCAUAGUAAAUAAAAUACUAAACUUGUUAUACAUAAUUGACAAAAAGUAAAGCUAUUCAAAAGUCUACUAAAUAUGUUUGGAAAUCCUUAUAAACUACAUUUAAGAAAAUUUAAUUAUCAAAAACAAGCUGUAAAAAGAGAAUGCAUUAAAGGGUAUCCUUACUCUCAAAUUAAAAUAAAUUUCCUAGUAAGAACUAGAGAUAAACGAAAACAACAUUGAUACCUUAAAUGGGCAAAUUGUAGCUUUGUGUGAAGAAUUAUAUGAUAUAAAUAUAAACAACCAAGAAGGAGGUGAAAAUAUAAGUCCUAUUAUGCCAAAAAAGACCAUAACAGAAUUGAUGGAAGAAAUGAAUAACCCUAAGAGAAAAGCUCAAAUAUCAAUUCCAGAGUUAAAGGGUGACCAAAACUAGCAAUCAAAUGAUGAUGACGAUGAUCUUGAAAGUGUAUAUACUCCGCAUCGCUAGAAAGAUAAUGAAUUAUCAGAAAAAGUAUUUAGUCCCUUGCACACAGAAGAAGAAGGAGAUUUAAAGUAAAUGGAUUUCGAUAAAAAACAAAAGCUUGUUUAAUAAGCUUUAAGCAAAUUUAAACUGUGA